AUGUCGAAAUCCAGAAUCGAAGGACUGAUUGCCACUUUUACAAAAUUAAUAGAUUCGAGCAAGCAGCACACAUUUAUUGAAACCGAAUCUGUUCGGUAUGUUUACCAGCCUUUGGAACGCAUGUAUGUCCUGUUGAUAACCACAAAGGCGAGCAAUAUUCUUGAAGACUUGGAGACACUUCGGCUUUUCGCCAGAGUGAUCCCAGAGUAUGCUCGCGGUUCUGAAAUAUCUGACGUGGUUGACAAUGCGUUCCAGCUGAUUUUUGCUUUUGACGAGAUCGUUGCGCUUGGUUAUCGUGAGACAGUCACGCUUUCUCAAAUCAGAACCUACACUGAGAUGGAUUCCCACGAGGAGCGUAUGUUUAUCGCUGUACGCGAGAAUCAAGAAAAGGAAGCCAAGGAUACAAUGCGCAAACGAGCAAAGGAACUACAGCAAGCGCGGAUGGCUGCAGCCAAACAGGGUAUCUCCCCGACAGCUGCUCUCAGUAAUUUCGCCAGUGGUAGAAGUGGAUACGAUCCGAUCCCAGUUCAGCCAACUCUUGAUCCUCGGAUCGGUAAGAAGUUUUGGGGGAGAUGCACUGUUUUUUGGACAUGUCUAAUUAUAACCUAUACUCUCUUAAGGAUUUUAAGUGUCCUCUUAAUCGCACCAUCGUAUAAAUUAUCAGAUUUACUCCUGUAG